UGCUAUAGCAAAUGACGACUCGUCCACCCCGCUUGUUCACCAGUGCCUGCUACGGGCCGUCGCUGCGGGUAUGGAAGCGUCAGGUUUGAAAUCGUCAAAGUUGAAAUAAUUUGUAAUGCAUAAAAUGCAUGACCCGAGGUGCGUGUGUUGCAGAGCAGGCAAGUGAGGCCGAUUGUGAGCCUGUUUGGGGUUGCAGCUCGAGCUGCUAAAGUAGCAUGAGAAAAUCGCUCUUCUUUGCCUAAACAGCAUGACAAACUGGAUUUAGGGACCGCCGAAGUUUGUCAUGCGCCACUUGGAGACUGGGUUCCAACUGGCAUCCGUUUUAUGCAUGGCAAAUUAUUUCAACUUUGUCGAUUUCAACUCUGACACAUCCAUAGCGGGACACGUGGGCGUCGCGUCCAGCCUGCUAGCGUCUGUUGUUGUCGAUAAGAGGAACAAGACAACAAGAACUUCGCCGGGCUGGCGAGAAAUAAGCGUCCUGCAUUUAUUCGACAUCUUCCCCCAGCUCCUGGAACUAGCCUUGCGCGAAGACCUAUCUAGGAAAAAACACCCAUCCACCCCAUUCAAUUUGUCAUGCAGAACAUGCAUAAAAUCCAGUGUUUGUCAUACAUAAAAUGGAUGUGGAUGGGUUUUUUUUGGGGAUAAGACCUGGCCACGAGUCGGACGAACCGUGCGGAGAUUGGGAGAAGGCUGCUUC